UUACGUCAAAUACCAUUUUUUUUUUAUAAAACACAUCUCUUGGGCCUGUUUGCGCAUAUAGUUGAAGCCAAUCAAAGAAUACUUAACACUGGGGUCGAAAUUGAUUGGCUGUUACAGAAUAUGUUGAUUAAUGAGAAGGGGAAUGUGGGAAAUGUAGUCUUAAAGUUACUGAUCAGCUUUUAGUAAUGAAGUAACAAUGACUACAUCUCCCGACAUGGCCUGUGAAACAAUGUCUUUCGUUUUUUUGGGCCAUGCUCUGAAUCUCGGCCAUUGUUGCUAGAAAAGCAAAGGGAAGGAGGGAAUGAACGAAAACGAAGAUUGUAGGAACCAAAUUUGCUCUGUGUGUCCCAGUAUAGAGCAGAUGCUGGCGUCGAGUCCAGGGAAGACCCCAAUCAGCUUGCUGCAGGAGUAUGGGACUCGGCUAGGCAAGACCCCUGUGUAUGACCUGCUCAAAGCUGAGGGACAGGCCCACCAACCCAACUUCACAUUCCGUGUAUCUGUUGGAGACAUCAACUGCACCGGUCAGUCCCCUUCGUCAUCCAGUCUUGGAGGGCAAGGACCUAGUAAGAAGGCUGCGAAGCAUAAAGCGGCUGAAGUAGCACUAACACUUCUAAAGGGAGACGACAUGCUUGAAACACUAUAUGAGGAAAACAGUGAAAUGUUCUCUAUGGACCAACCAACAGAGCAUAGUGAAGCUACUGAUGUUUCUCCCCCACCUGCCUUGACCAGGGAUCACACUACAGAAAUGAAACCGACUCUUUCACCGCAGCAGACAGAGUGUAACCCUGUGGGGGCAUUACAGGAGCUAGUAGUGCAAAAAGGCUGGCGGCUUCCAGAAUAUACAGUUACACAGGAGUCCGGACCCGCACACAGGAAGGAAUUCACCAUGACAUGCCGUGUAGAGAGAUUCCUAGAAAUUGGCAGUGGUACAUCCAAGAAGCUGGCAAAAAGAAAUGCAGCUGCUAAAAUGCUUCUCCAAAUCCACAAGGUGCCUGCAGAACAUAGAGAAACUGGGGAUCCAGAACCGGAAGAGGAUCAGUUUUCUAUGAACACUGGCACUAAGCUGGAUGGUAACCGAGGUCGCGGUGCAAUGUGCACAUGGGACACUCUGCGAAAUUCAGCUGGAGAAAAGAUCCUACACCUGAGAAGUCAUCCCCUGACAGUCCUGAGCUCUGGCUUCUGCACCGUCUUGCAAGAUCUCUCUGAGGAGCAAAGCUUCCAGAUUAGCUACUUAGACAUAGAUGAGCAAAGUCUCAGUGGCCUUUACCAGUGUCUGAUAGAACUCUCUACGCAGCCCACAACUGUGUGUCAUGGCUCUUCCACAACCCGUGAUGCAGCACGUGCUAAUGCUGCCCACAAUGCACUGCAGUACCUCAAGAUCAUGGCAGGGAGCAAGUAAGAGAGGUGGGGGGGCACACAAACUUGCCCCCCCUUCUUGCUUCAAGCAAACAAAUCGCACUGCAGUGUUACCCUGUUUCUGCAGUACAAGGACUCAAGACAUCAGGAGUCGUUUGGUACAACUCUCUCUACAAGUGAGAUGAAGGCGCUUUACAUUCUAAGCAUACUGCAAAACGUCUCCUGCAUUCUAUUAUCUGCCAGAACACCAAGAAGCAGGACUUGUAGAGACCUUGUUGAAAUUAUAGAAAGUGGAUCCUCUGCUGCCCAAAGGCUGAUGUUCUUCAGGCCUUAAAACACCAUUCUUGCUGCUGAUAGUUUUCUUAUAUAUAUAGAUUUAAAGCUAAAUCCAAGUGAAGGGAUUUCUGAUAGUCCUAUGAAUUACAUGCAUCAUUGCAUUGAGGCCUCAAGGUAUGCACAAUAUUGCCCCCCUUGUACCCUAUAAUUCUGAGCCACAGUCUUGUUCAACCAAACAUGAUGUUAUGAUGUCACCACUGCAUUCUUAUGCUUUGAGUGAUGUUUAACAGCAGUGUCCUACUACAAGUAUAUACUAGACUCAUGUUAUUUGGAGGAAGAUUUUGCAGAUGUGUUGGAAUGACAAUCUAAGGCUUCUUAAGUUGAUUACCUCCACUCUUUCCUCCUCAAUCCUGUAUAGAGUUAACACCAAAAUGAAAAAAUGGGAGCAUUACAUGAAGUGACAAAUGUGCAAUUACUUGAAAAGUAAAUGAGUUUGGGAAAAAUGGGUGCAAAUGUAAAUGUUCUUUCUUUUAAUGAUGUGUAUGGAUUUGUGCUUCUGUUUGUUUCUCCAAUAAAGGGACAUAGAAGUAAUAACUUAAUUAUUAUUUAAAUUAAAUCUAAAGUUACCUUGUACACAUUGAGUCUGCCCCCCCCCAAUUCUUUUGCUGUGAUUCAGGCAAUUGUAGUUUGUAUCUCCAGAUGUGUUUUAGCCUAUGGGAGAACUUGUCAAAUGAUUUAUAGGCUACUUGCCACCAAGGAGAUUAGUCUGUGCAGAGCUAUGGGGCAUGAUAGGCUAAGACAACUGAGAUGACUUCUGCCAUGAGAUAACUUUAUACACAAAUUAUACAUAAAUAGUUAUUUACAUUUUACAGGAAUUGAGUCUCAAGUGUAUUGCAUGACUUCCAUGUCCAGUUUUAAGUGUGUCAGUUUUAUACUUUAGUUUUAGCUCUUUUUAAUUUACACAUUGUGCCAAGUGUCCUGCUAGAUGACUAUAAACUACUAUUUUCCAACAGGAUACAUGCCAUAUGUGUUGCAUCAUUUUUCCCCUCUUUUUAGUUUUGUUAAUUUGACUUGUUACAUUGGCACCUUUUUAAAAAAAAGAAGGAAAAGUAAAUUUUUUUUGUGGCUUUAUAAUUAUUGCACCACUAACACGCUUUCCUUCCUGCUAGAGCACUGGUUUUCAAACCAGUUCUCAGGCCUCCCUAACAGGCCACAUUUGAGGAUAACUGAACUAGAGCACAGGUGAAAUAAUCCGAUAAGUAACCAUGGUUAUUUGACCUGCUCUCAUCCAAGGUACUCUUGAAAACCUGGCUUGUUGGUGAGGCCUGAGGAAAGGUUUGAAAACCAGUGUGCUAGAGUAAUUCUCCAGACUGCAAUCAGCCAUCCGUCCCUUUUAUCAACCAUGGCUUAAACAUUAAAAUACAUAUCUCAUAUGUUUCUAUGUCUUUCUUACUAGUCAUGGUUUAGAUCUCCUGCUGUUCCUUAUGCUCAUUAGCACAAACUUAACCCAUUCAAUGUCAGAGGCCUGAAACAUGCAUUAUAUGACCUCUUGUCAACACUGUUAUAUAGUAGUAAUAUUGUGUACAUAUUUUACUUUCAUAUCCCUUUAAGUGAAGAAAGCACAACCUGUUUCAUUUCUUAUCUAUUUUCUUACACCUAUGAAAUGUUUAUCAAAUUAAACCUUUUUGUAUGAGUUGUGUGUGUAGCAGAGCCAUAGGAUUCAUACGACACCAAACUCCUGGUGCCAUCUGUAUAUAUUCACAUCUAUUUCUUUUCACUUUUAUACAACAUGAGUUCAGUGCCUACAGAUUUAACGCAGACCCAUUUUUUAUAAGAUGUUUUGUAAUAAGUUUACUGAAGCAGAAGUUACAUUUCCCGCAACUGCAAACAGUGUGAAGCUGUCAUAUUCUGCCAUUGUAGGUCAUAAACCAGUAUACCUCAUACAAUUGUGUCCCUCUUCAGAGUUUGUCUUUCGCAUACGUGAAUUAUUUAUUAGGCAUCAUUCAGUGACUAAGUCCAAUAAAGUAUUUUUUCUUUACCUUCUCUCUA